AUGGAUAAUUUCAACGAAGAAAAGAAGUUUCAGAAUUAGAAUAAUAUAAGCAUUAACAACUUUAACAAUGCAAAUGAUUAAUCCCCUGACUAAUACAAUAACGAACACACAAACUAGAUCUAGGAAAUUUAGAAAGAGGAGAUUAGACAGCUAAUUGAUCAAGUAAAUAUCAAGACUAAGACACUUAAACAAGAAAAGAAAGCCAAGACUGAUCUGGCUCCAUAUCUUAAGAUCUUACUAACCUACGCUGACAAGAAUGACAAAAUAUUGAUUGCUUUCGGCUAUAUUUUCUCUAUUCUAACUGGUGUUUGUCUGCCCUCAUUAGUAUUCUUGUUUGGAGAUAUUGUUAACUCAUUUACUGAUGGAAAAAUUCUAGAGGGGAUCAAACCUACAUGCCUCCAAUUUACUGUCAUUGGCAUAGUAAUAUGGAUCACCUCUUAUUUCUACUAUGCUCUCUUAGUUAUUAUGUCAUAGAGAGUUGGACAAAAGACUAAAGUUGCUUAUCUAAGAGCUAUUCUUUAAUAAGACAUUUCUUGGUUUGAUUAGAUAAGCGUUACAGAACUGUCUGCAAGACUUACAAAAGAAUGUCAAGCAAUUCAAAUAGCACUAGGUGAGAAAAUGGGCACUAUUCAGCUUGCUUUUGCAAUGUGCCUAUCAGGUUUAUUCUUAGCCUUCUUCAGAGGGUGGUGGUUCUCAUUAAUACUAUCCUUCCCUAUCUUUAUCCUUUUUGGAAACACUUAUUUAAUAACCGUGGCCAUGUAAAGUGGGUUCAUGCAAAAUUUGAGAUCAUAUGGAUAGAGUGCAGGAUAUGCUGAGCAAGCUCUCAAUGCUAUCAAAGUAGUACAAGCUUACGGGAUGGAGACAACUGAGAUGCUCAACUAUAACAAAUAUCUAGGCAAAGCUAGAACAACUGCUGGAUUUUUCUUUUCUUUAUUUGGCUACUAUGGCUAUGCCUUAUAUACUGGAAGUUGGCUAGUUACUGAAAAAGUUACUAAUUCAAGAACUCACGAUCCCUACAAUGCUGGAGAUAUUAUAGCUUGCCUAUUUGGAGUAGUGUUUGGUGUGUUCUCUCUAGGUUCAGCAACUCCAAAUAUCAAGGCAGUGACUGAAGGAAGAGUAGCUGGAAAAAUGGUAUAUGAACUGAUUGACAGAGUCCCAGCCAUUAAGCUUGAUGAUCAAAGUUACCAUGAAGUCGGGAAAAUUAAAGACCAGAACAGAAGAUUCUUGAUGACUUUUCUGCCGUAUUCGAUGAGGGGAAAACAACUGCAAUAGUUGGGGCAUCAGGUUCAGGAAAAAGUACUAUUAUUCAAAUGA